AAUUAGGAAAAAGUAAACUAAAGAUUUUUGUACUCAACAACGUAAUUACGUAGUAGUUCAUGCAACGCAACGUGUCCCUGUUCCGUGGACUGGGAAGCCCCUAGCGCUGAGCUGCCAACGCCCGGCGUAAAGACCCAAAUAGAGGAUACGAUCUUGAAUGAAUAGAAAAGACUAUCAAACACAGCUAUGCAGACCAUCAAGUGUGUUGUAGUUGGUGACGGUGCUGUGGGUAAAACCUGCCUGCUCAUCUCUUACACCACAAACAAGUUUCCCUCUGAAUAUGUACCUACGGUGUUUGAUAACUAUGCUGUUACUGUAAUGAUUGGAGGUGAACCCUACACUCUGGGCUUGUUUGAUACAGCAGGUCAGGAAGACUACGACAGGUUACGACCUCUGAGUUAUCCUCAGACAGACGUCUUCCUCGUCUGUUUCUCCGUCGUGUCCCCCUCCUCCUUUGAAAAUGUUAAAGAGAAGUGGGUUCCAGAGAUCACCCAUCACUGUCCAAAGACCCCCUUCCUCCUAGUUGGGACGCAGAUUGACUUGCGGGAUGAUCCCUCAACUAUAGAGAAGCUGGCAAAGAACAAGCAGAAGCCCAUCACUCCAGAGACGGCCGAGAAGCUGGCCAGAGACCUCAAGGCUGUGAAAUAUGUGGAAUGCUCAGCCCUCACACAGAAAGGCCUAAAGAAUGUGUUUGAUGAGGCGAUAUUGGCUGCACUGGAGCCCCCAGAGCCCAAGAAGAAACGGAAAUGUGUGCUGCUAUGAGAGGCUCCUACACACACACACACACACACACACACACACCACCAUACAACACAUCCUUAAAUGCACACACCCACACACACACAUAAAUAGCCACCUCCCCUGCUCCCGUUACUCCUCCCCUUGCUCAGCCUGAUUGACAGCACUGGUCAACAGUUUCACAUAAUUCUCUGCAAUAAUACGACACUUCACCCCCAGGUCUGCGUGUGAGACAGAGGAGGAGCUUGAUCUGGUCGCCUCAGACAGAGAUCCACACACACACACACACACGAGUAGAACUCUAAUCUUACAUUCAUCCUCAGUGUCGCGGCCUCAUCAGCGUCUCUUCGUCCUCUGCACUCACACAUAUGUGUCGCUGUAACACGUGGGGGGGGGCGUGUCUGUCAUGGCUGAGUAGCAAGAGUUGCUAAAUGCUGCUAAAGCAAUGGCAACACAUUGUCCAGCGUUGUUGGAUGAACAGUGGGGAGAAGAGCGUCCAGAGCUUUUAAUCAUUGUUUAACAUGACGUGAACAUUCCUCAACGCAGCACAGCCACUGAAUACAUAUGUAUAAGCCCCUCCCAGCCUUCUCAUUCAUGGCUACUCAUGCUGUUGCCCCACCCCCCCAUUUCCUACGAUCGUCAUCAGCCCUACCAGAAGAAUUGCAAAUAGAGUAGUUUUAUUUUCCUCUCCUGAAACACACGACACGUCUGAGAUAUUUAUUACUCUUCAGUCUGAUAGGACAGGUGAAUAUGGCCAUGUAGCAGCCAGUCCUGUGCAGAGCUGCAGUGCAUUUGGAGUGUGGCGAUCACUUGAAGAGCUCAAGCAUCUAGUAGUCAUGGAUCCACAGGAACUGGCCUUUUAGAUGCAGGGAAUAUAAACAGUGUUAGUGGAGCGAGUGGUGUGUCAGGGACCAAGGGAGAAAAAAGAAAAGGUCCGAUUUAUACGCCAUUGCAUGACACUUAUAAAUAUAUUGAUCUGAUCCAAAGGAACAUAAAUGUUCACUGAACACAGACUGUGUUCUUUACAGCUUACAUGUUCUCAAAUGAUUCUAUCAGACUGAUAUUGUUAUUCGUCAAAGUCAUUACAUCUGUGGGAUGUUUUCACAUGGAGACGACUGAAACCGCGUUAGGUUUUGUCGAGCAGUUACAAAAGUGUCAAAUGACGGAGUAUAAAUCAGACUGAGGAGCAGGACACUGUUGGACACAGUCAUCUGAUUUCCAGGUCAGUCUGGUGUGUGUGUGUGUGCAGUCUGCAGGACUGUGUCCGCCGUGCUGCAUGGAGCUCAACCCUGGUCUCUGCUCUCAAUGAUCAUUAUAAUGUAAGCUGGCACACAAUGUUGAUGUAGGCUCCAGGUGUUUUUACCAAAAUCUUUUUUUUCUUUAUUAUUUCUGUUUGUGCUGUAUGUACACAUAUAUAUAUAUAUAUAUAUAUUUAUAUAUAUAUAUAUAUGUACAUACAGAUGUGUAUAUAUGUAUAUAUAUCUAUAUAUGUACAUGCAUGUACAUAUAUGUAUAUGUGUACAUAUAUACACAUAUGUGUACAUAUAUAUUUAUAUAUGUACAUACAGAUGUGUAUAUAUAUACAUGCAUGUACAUAUAUGUACAUGUAUACAUAUAUGUAUAUAUGUACGUAUGUGUAUAUAUGUAUGUAUACAUACAUAUACGUAUGUAUACAUACGUAUAUGUAUGUAUACAUACAUAUACGUAUGUAUACAUACGUAUAUGUAUGUAUACAUACGUAUAUAUAAAUAAAUAUAAAUAUAUGAAAUAAAGGUUACUUUCACAUGUAGCGGUGGGAACUCAUCUGAACUCUUCAGCUGCCAGUUUAUACAAAGAAAACCUGUGAUUGGUUCAGAGUUGAAUGAAAACCUCCAGUGACAGAGAUGCUGUUUGGUAAAGAUCAUUUGUUUUUGGUUGGUUGUUGUUUUUCUUUAUUGGUGGUCCAGAGUUGAGUUGACAUCCAGCCAAAGUCAAUAUUAUUAUCAUUAUUAUUAUUAUUAUUAUUGUUGUUAUUAUUAUUAUUAUUAUUAUUAUUAUAACCUGUUGUUGUUUUUUGGUGCAAAACCAAAUACUUUGUCUGAAGUCUUUGUUCUUUGUAUAUGCAUUCUUUUCAAAAAUAUUAAACUUAUACCUUUAUUGCCUUUA